CCAAGAAGUUUGCGGAGAGCCAGGCCCGGAAGGAGAAGGAGAAGGAGCCCCCCCGGAGGGAGAAGGAGCCCCCCAGGAAGGAGAAGAGGGAGAGGGAGAGGGAGAGGGAGAGGGAGAAGGAGCCCCCCCGGAGGGAGGAGCGGCGCGCGCCCCCCCAGGAGGAGCUGGACGAGUGCGAGCAGGUGCUGGCGGCCGAGCCCAAGGCCAAGGACCCCUUUGCACACCUGCCCAGGAGUCCGUUUGUCCUGGACGAGUUCAAGCGCAAGUACUCCAACGAGGACACGCUGUCGGUGGCGCUGCCGCAUUUCUGGGAGCACUUUGACCGCGAGGGCUGGUCCCUGUGGUACUGCCAGUACCGCUACCCCGAGGAGCUGAGCCAGACC